AUGCUAUCAACGUUAGCUAAUCAAACACCACAGAGAAUGCUAUCUCAUAAUACACAAUUAACAAGACUGGCUUCAACUACCGCAAAAGUUGCAGCUAAAUCUCAAGUUGGUAAAGUUGCAAAUGAAUCCCUUGCUGGCCCAACGUCUUUUAAGACUACGAAAGUUAUCGAUACAAAUUAUGAAAAUAAACCUUCUGUUGUAAUUUUAGGUUCUGGUUGGGGUGCUAUCUCUUUCUUAAAACAUAUUGAUACUAAAAAAUAUAAUGUAUCUAUUGUAUCACCAAGACCUUAUUUCCUUUUCACUCCUUUAUUACCAUCUACUCCAGUUGGUACAGUCGAUGAAAAAUCUAUUAUUGAACCAGUGGUAAAUUUCGCAUUAAAGAAAAAGGGUAAUGUUACUUAUUAUGAAACUGCUGCACAAGAAAUUCAUCCUGAAAGAAAUACGGUUAGUGUCUCUGCUGUAUCUGAUAUUACUCAAAUAUUGACAAAAUCUCAUGUCGAAUCUAAAAAUGGUGAUACUGUACCACAUUUGAAACCAAAAGAUAAUAUUGAAAUUAAAUACGAUUAUUUAAUCUCUGCUGUUGGUGCCGAACCAAAUACUUUUAAUAUUCCAGGUGUUGAUAAAUAUGGUUUAUUUAUGAAAGAAAUUGAACAUUCUUUCCAAAUUAGACAAAAAUUCGCACAUAAUUUGGAAAAAGCUAACUUCCUACCACCUGGUGAUCCAGAAAGAAAAAGAUUAUUAUCUAUAGUCGUUGUUGGGGGUGGUCCAACUGGUGUAGAGACUGCAGGUGAAUUACAAGAUUAUGUCACUCAAGAAUUAAAGAAAUAUUCUCCUUCUUUGGCCAAUGAAGUUCAAAUCCAUUUGGUCGAAGCUUUACCUAUCGUAUUGAAUAUGUUUGAUAAGAAAUUAUCUUCAUAUGCUCAAAAUGUCUUACAAGAUACUUCUAUCAAAUUACAUUUGAAGACAGCUGUAGCAAAAGUUGAAUCCGAUCAUUUGAUUGCAAAGACCAAACAUGAUGAUGGUACUGUCUCAGAGGAAACUAUUCCUUUUGGUACUUUGAUUUGGGCUACUGGUAAUAAAUGUAGACCUGUCAUUACUAAUUUAUUCAAAAAGAUCCCUGCACAAAAUGCCUCUACAAGAGCUUUGAACGUUAAUCCUUUCCUUCAAGUUAAAGGUUCCAACAAUAUCUUUGCCAUUGGUGAUAACGCUUUCAUUGGAUUACCUCCAACUGCUCAAGUAGCCCAUCAAGAAGCUGAAUAUUUGGCAAAGACCUUCGAUAAGAUGGCUCAAGUUAAAGAUUUCCAUACUACUUUAAGUAACAGAAAGGAAAAAGUUGACUUAUUGUUCGAAGAAAACAAUUUCAAACCAUUCAAAUAUAUUCAUUUAGGUGCAUUAGCUUAUCUAGGUUCAGAAAAGGCCAUUGCUAACAUUACUUACGGUAAGAGAAACCUUUACACCGGUGGUGGUGCUUUCACUUUCUAUAUUUGGAGAGCUACUUAUUUAGCAAUGUUAUUAUCUGCUAGAACUAGAUUUAAGGUGAUGAUGGAUUGGGUCAAACUGACUUUCUUCAAGAGAGAUUUCUUCAAAGAAAUGUAA